AUGUUGAACAAAGUUGUAAAGAGAUUAUUCUCAUACAAGAGCACCAUUCCUGCCACUUUACCUUAGUUAAAGUUUGAAUAUAACGAAUUAGAACCUGUUUUGACUGCUAACCUUUUGAAGUUCCACCAUGGAAAGCAUCACUAAGCUUACGUUAACAACUUGAAUGCCAUCUACGAAUAAAUUUCUGAUGCUUAAAAGAAGAAUGACGUACAUAAGAUUGCUUAAUUACAAUCUGGUUUAAGAUUUAACUUGGGUGGUCAUAUUAACCACGCCAUUUACUGGGAUAACCUUGCUCCCGUAUCCAGAGGUGGUGGUGUCUUCCCUGAUUAAAACUCUCCCCUCACCAAGGCCAUAUAAGAAAAAUGGGGUUCAUAUGAAAACUUCAUUUAAAUCUUCAACGGUCGUACUGCUGCCAUCCAAGGAUCCGGUUGGGGUUGGCUCGGUUAUGACACUGUCAGCAAAAGUUUAAAGAUGUUCGAAUUGGGUAAUUAAGAUAUGCCUGAAUGGAAUAGCGUCAUCCCUCUUUUGACAAUCGAUGUUUGGGAACACGCUUACUACUUAGACUAUCAAAACUUAAGACCUAAAUACUUAACCGAAAUAUGGAAGGUUGUUAAUUGGUAGGAAGUUGAAAGAAGAUAUCUUGAUGCUAUUAAGGCCUGA